AUGGCGACCCAGGCCAAUGAAAUGAAUCGAGACUUAUUUGAGUACACGUCUGGUCGGUGGAUAUAUAAUGAAUCCCUCCGCCUUGCUGAAAGAAGCCUGGCCUUUAACGUCCAAGAGCUCAAGCGCCUUGCUGCUGCCUCUGUUAACCGACAUGAAUCUGAUAUCAAGAGCUUCAAGAAGCUUGCAGAAGGCGGAUUCAACCGUGUCUUUGAAGUCACAAUGAAGGGUGAUGACACUCAAAUUCUCGCCCGGCUUCCCUACCAUUCCACAGUCCCCAGACGGCUUGCUGUUGCGAGUGAAGUUGCAACAUUGGGCCUGCUUCACUGCCAUGAUAUUCCUGUACCGAGAGUCCUUGGUUACUCCGCCGAUCCCGAUAAUUCUGUUGGAGCUGAAUAUAUCCUGAUGGACAGAGUCGACGGAACUUUGAUUGGGGAUUCAUGGUAUACACUUUCAGACAAACAACGACUUAAGGUCUUGAUGGGCUUAGUUCAACUAGAGGCCAGAUUAUUUGCCAUCCAGCUUCCUGCAGCUGGUAGCAUAUAUUACCGCCGUGACCUACCUUCAAAUCUAAAGAAAGCUGCCGUAUACCUAUCGCGGGGCGCUGAUGCUCCCGAAGUCCCCGAAAUAUGUGUUGGACCGGACGUGUCUUUGGCAUGGUGGCAUGCGGAACGAUCUUUGCUUAGUGACAUCAAUCGUGGUCCCCACCCAGACGCCGUCCAGUGUAUGGAGGCUGUGGCAAAGAAGGAACUGGCAUGGCUAAAGUUGCACGCCAAACCACGGUAUCCAUUUGAGCGAGCCUACAGAGAAGCUACCAGUUAUCGAAAAUCGGCACCGGAAGAAUAUGUCGAAACACUUGAGAAAUACUUGAAAAUCGCGCCCUUCCUUAUUCCCAAGGACAAAAGUCUACAUAGGCCGAUACUGCGCCAUCCUGAUCUCCAGCCGAACAACAUCUUUGUUAAUAGGGAUUUUGACAUUGUUGGUUUGAUUGACUGGCAACAUUGUUCUGCCCUUCCACUCUUCCUCGCAGCCGGGAUUCCAAAAUAUAUUCAAAACUACCAGGAUGAGGAAUCACUUCGCUUCAUCCCGCCAAAAUUACCUGAUAACCUAGACGAAAUGGGCCCUUAUGAGCGCUCUGCAGCACUUGAGCAGUUUCGAAGGCGACAUCUACACUUUUACUACCUUGGAUUUACGCAACGCUUUAACCCGUGUCAUUUUAACGCUCUUGACUCGGACCCAAGCCAGAGACUAAAACAGAAAACAUACACUCAUGCAUCUUAUCCUUGGGAGGGGAAUAACGCCCAACUCAAAGCAGAUUUGAUACGUGUCACACAAAACUGGAACACCAUUGUGACUUGCGGAGACAAUCAACGGGUGGGCAAUGGUAGCGAGUGCAUACCUCAAUGCCCUGUGACUUUUAAUCCUGUGGAAGCCCAGGAGGUGUUAGGUAUUGAAAAGGAAUACGAAGAUAUGGACACUGAACUUUCUCGGAUUCGGGAUGCGAUUGGAGUAAGCGUCGAUGGUUGGACAUCAAACGAGACGUUUGAUGACAGCGUUGCACGGGAAAAGGUAUUCAAGGAUAUGGCAAUUGCUUCGGUCUCAGAUAGCAAAUAUGACCAGGAGAUGACCGAGAAACACUGGCCAUUUGACGACUUCGACGAAAACGAAUGA